UAUUUAUAACGUUGUUUUGAUGCUGUUACGUUGAGAUAACGAAAAGGGUCCCUGUCUUUUUUGGGUGGUUUUAUCUGUGAAAAAGAUUAUAUUUUGAGAGUUUUUAAUCAUGUGUCUGUGUAUGUGUGUGUAUAGUUUCAGAAAGUGUUGGUGAAUGAGAUAGUCAUGGUGAUCAAUUUUAGAUGAUUUUGUAAUUCUUUUUGUUUUUGCAAAGGUAUGGUGAUUAUAAAGAAACGAGAAAUGGGUGAAAUCAAGAACAGAAUUCUUGAAAAACUGUUUGAGAGAUGGAAUUCUGUUGUGUGUGUUUUUAUACUGUAAUUACUGUGGUAAAAUGUUGGAUUUUCAGAUGCUAUAUUGCUUGCCCUUUUUUCGUAAUUUCUUUUUCCAAGAAAGGGAAUUGUAGACUUGUAGAUUAGUUCUAGAUUUUAGGAGCCGAAAUCAUUUGUUUGAAAAUGUCUUUUUAUUGUUGAAGUUGUUAUGUACAGAAAAUAUGUGCAGUCAACGUGCAUUUUUAUUUAAUUUUUUUUGGGCUAAGGCAUAUAUCACAUUAUGCAUCAUCUUUUGCUGAAUUAUAAUUUACAUGAAUAUAUGGUCAUUUAUAAAUAGGUCUAAAGCCUGUUUUUGCAAUUCCAGAGGUGAAUUUUAAUAGGUAGAUAGGAGUAUAAAUUGAAGGAAAAUGGUUGGCAUACUGGCGAAAUCAUUUCUUGGUUUGUUGCAGUGUACAGUAUGUAAUGAGAAAAUUUAGUACUAAAAGAGAUUUGCUUUCAUUGUUAAUGUUCAAAUUUGGCUGAUUUUUCUUGCAAUUGCAGUGAAUAUUAGUAGGUAGAUGAGAGUAUGAAUUGAUGAAGAAAAUUGCUUUCAUGCCGCCGAAACCAUUUCUUGAUUUGUUUCAGUAUGAGUAUAUAAUGAGAGAAUUUACUUCCAUUAUUAAAGUUUAUAAUUGCUGAAGAAACUUUGAUACUUUGUACAAAUGAUUGUUUGAAAUCAAAUGGCAUGAUCUUCUAUUGCAGAUACAGAAUAUGUUAUUCCAUCUUGUCCCUUAAGUUGAUUGUGUUGUAACAUUGGAUUGCAAAGAUGGGAAUCGAGAAGCAAAGCUCCAAGAGUGGUGUUGGUAGCUUCCUCCAACUAUUUGAUUGGAAUGCAAAAUCUCGAAAGAAGUUGUUCUCGAGCAAGUCAGAUUGCCCCGAGAAAUCCAAGCAGAAAAAGAGAUGUGAUGGGAGCUUGCCAACGACACGCCUUGAUAUGAUGGACGAGGAUGAGGUUUCAGCUCGACCAAGUAUGAAAGGAAGUAGCGUUUAUAGUUGUGCUUCAUCUGUUGUAACUGAUGAGGACUUGUAUGGAAGCAAGGGCCCCGGAGUUGUAGCACGCCUCAUGGGAUUGGAACCCUUGCCAAAACCCAAUACCCUCGAGCCCUACACACCGUUUUCCUACAGCCACUCUCUUCCUGGCUCGUACUACCAAUCUAAGACUCUUGAUUAUCGUCAAGACCCUCAGAUCAUGCAGUUGGGCACCUUGCAGCAGCCCGGUGUCCAAUCUGUCACGGAGCCUAAGUAUCAGAAGGUGAAGCAGAGGCCGAUUGAGAAGUUUCAAACCGAAGUUUUGCCACCAAGAUCAGCUAAAUCGAUACCUAUUACUCACCACAAGCUCCUUUCUCCUAUAAAAAGCAAGACUUCGAUCCCACCUAAGGAUGCUGCUCACAUCAUGGAAGCAGCUGCUCGGAUUCUUGACACCGGGCCUAAGGUGGUUAAAAAACCGGUGCUGCCAUUGGCUAGUUCGUCUCUGAAAGUAAGGGAUUCGAAUGAGAAGGUCCAAGCAGCACAAAAGCUUUUCCCAAAGGUGUCUGAAGGCUCUCAGAGGUCGAGAGGUAUGAAGAACACUAGGGGAAGCUCUGUUACUAGGAGCUCGAAUAGUGGCUCCGUAGAUGCAAUGUCUGUUAGCAGUUUGCAAGAUUCUGCCGAAGUUACAUCCGCAGUGAAAAGCAAGGGAAAGUCCAUUUCACUUGCACUGCAGGCUAAGGCCAAUGUCCAGAAACGAGAGGGUCUAAGCUCGACUAGGAGCAAGGCUGAAGUGAAUGUUUACAGUCCAAACUUGCUAUUCACGAGUCAGUCAGGGGCACAAAAGAGUACUCCUAACAAGAAGCCAUCCACACACAAGAAUUCUGGUGUGCUCCGGCAGAAUAAUCAGAAGCAGAACUGUGUUGCUGAUAAAGGAAAGCCGCCUUUGAAGAAAGCAGUUGGUGGGGAUCAGUCUUCUGUGAGGCGACAGAAUUCCAGUAAACCGUUAGGUACCUCCAAACUGAGCUCUAGGAAGUCGAGCACAGAGACUAGAGAUGACAGAAGCAAUACAUCAUCUUGUAGCUCAGAAAGAGUCACUCGUAAAAAGAGAUCUAUUGAAGGGAAAGUUAUGCAGUCUGCUGAUAUCAUGGAUACACAAAGUGGUGGAGGAUCGGAUGUCAUCUCAUUCACGUUCACUACUCCAUUGAGGUCGACCGAGUUUGAAGAAAAUAGAAAGCCCUUCCCAGUGGAUUCUCCUAGUAAAAGGAUGAUGCUGAAUGCAGAUGGUUUGGCUGCUUCAAAGUUCACUUUCUCAGGACAUAACGUCAGAGGAGGCGACUCUUUAAGCUCGUUUCUAGAGCAGCAACUUAAAGAAUUGGCUCAUAAGACAGACUUGUCCCAUCAGAAAUCGGGGCCAGAACUACACGGCUCAAGCGUGCUAGGAGACCAUAAAACGAGAAGCGGAGAUUACUCAUUUGAUCGGUUAGGCCAGCCAGGGUCAAGUUUUCGCACCCUUCGACACUUUGAGGGCAUGAGUGGACAGAAGAACAUAUCGUUAGACAAGACAUUUCUCAAUUACCGACAUCCAAGUCCGGUUUCUGUUUUUGAACACUUUUCCUUCACAGAGAGCUGCAAUUCAUCUGAUAGUGCAGAGAGUAAUCGUGGUACAGAAGGUGGUGGAAACAAGUGUACAUCACUUCAAUCCGAGGACUUACUCGGUAGGAAUUCCAUGAACAUGUUCCUUUCGUGUGAAGUAGAUUUCGACCUGUCAGACUCAGCUUCUUCAACUUCUGCUGGGACUGUAGCAAAAAGGAGAGAGAUCACCUUAACCUCGGCCCGACAUGGGAAGCUGAAAAGCUGGGAGCUCGACUAUGUUGAGAUGAUGUUAUGUGGCAUUGAGGUUAUGUUUAAGGAUUAUGCUAUGGGAAGAUCUACUGAGAUCAUCAGCCCUCAUAUGUUUGAUCAGCUGGAAAGUUGCAAGAAGUGCUUCGAUGGCUGUGAGCUCGUCUCAAGCAUGAGCAGGAGGCUAGUGUUCGACUGUGCGACCGAAUGCUUGGAAACGAGAUGCAGAGGAUACGCUGCAGGAGGGUACGAGCUGUGGGCUAAGGGCGUUAGCACAGUGAAGAGGAAGGAGAGACUAGCUGAAGAUGUAUGUAAAGAGAUUUUGAGAUGGAGUGGCAUGGGAGAUUUCAUGGUCGAUGAGCUCGUGGAGAGUGACAUGAGCUGCAGCACGUACGGGAGAUGGCUCGACUACGACAUCGAAGGGUUCGAGGUUGGGUUACAGAUUCAGUCACGCAUUCUUAAUUCUUUGAUAGAUGAGGUAGUUGCUGAUAUCUUGGUUCUUUAAUAACUUCGAACACCAAUUUCAUCGUAUAGUUUGCUUCCAUUUUUGAUUCAUAGUCUACAUCUCUCCCUGACAGUUAUUUCAGUUGUGAGAGAGUCCUUCAACUGAAAAUUUUCCUAUUUGUAAGUGAAUGAGAGGGAUGAAAUAGUAGUAGUGUGUUUUACUA